AUGGCUUCCUCGAUCGCGUCACAGCUUCAGGCGAUCAAAUCCGUCCUGAAGGGAGCUCCAGAUGCGAUCAGAAGGCCUCGGACUCGCCCCUCCGUCAUCUUUGAUCCGAAGGAGGCCGCGGAUAUCGAUCUCAGAACGAUUCUUCCAAUAGCCCUAUCUGGGUUGGAGGUUCUUGUUGAUCUUGAUGGCCGCUUUAGAAAGUAUGAAGGUACUCUUUUUAGCCAGACCAGUCUCGAGUUGGACAGGGAGAAGAUGGUUCCCAAAGAAGAAGAAAAGAUCAACAAGUCGAUACAUUCAUACCUGCGGUUGCUUUCCGGGCACCUGCAACUCCCUGCCGCUCUCAAGACCCUGGAGUACCUUGUUCGAAGAUACCAGGUUCAUGUGUUCAACAUGGAUGAGUUGGUUCUUUGUGCAUUACCUUACCACGACACUCAUGCCUUUGUUCGGAUCGUCCAACUGCUGGACUUAGGAAAUAAUAAAUGGGCAUUUCUUGAGGGCAUUAAAAACUCGGGUGCUCCUCCUCCUAGACAAGUCAUCGUGCAACAGUGCAUUCGUGAUAAAGGGCUUUUGGAGAUUUUGUGCAACUAUGCAUCGCCGACAAAAGACUUCCAGCAUUCAAGACCAGUAGUUUGCUUUUGUACUGCAGUUAUUGUGGAGGCCCUAGGUGUGAUUCCUGAGCUUGACACAGAUACUGUGCAGAGGGUUCUGGGAUUUGUGUUCAAUGGACUUAACCCUACUAUGCGGGGAGGUCGUGAUGACAAGGCUGGUGCAUUGAUGGUUGUUGGUUUACUAGCAACUAGAGCAACAUUAGCACCUAAACUCAGCCAAAAUUUGGUUUUGUUUAUUGCACGAAUGGCUCAGCAUGAUGCAAAUCAAUCAGUGGACUUACCAUGGCUUCGUGUGAUGAUAAUGGCUAUAAUUAGCCUUGUGCAGUCACAGUCUAUGCAAUUGUUUCCAAAGAAGACUUUGAUGUUUCUGAAGGAUAUAAGGGAUCUUCCUGGUGUACUUUCUGGAUUGUCUAGUGAGUUCAAUAUUCAGGGGUUUUUGGGCUUGUAUCUGGGAUCACUGAUUGAAUACAGUACAUCAGAUGACUCCUGCUGCAUUACACUGAUUAAUAUGCUAGAGGCUCUAGCUUUAAAGGAUUUUGUAGGAAAGAUCGUGUCUAAGGUGCUCUCAUAUUGUAUGAAAUUGUCACGGGGCUUGGAGAAUUCAAGUUUAUGUGAAGCAGGUAUCUGGGCAAAGAAAAUUUUGGUUGUGGUUGGUAAGCACUACCCAUGUGAACUUCGUGGAGCUAUUCAUAAAUUUCUGGAGAGCUCCAAAAUAAAUGCAUGUGAUGAGCAGUCCAUUUUGGAAACAUUAUCCCAGCUGUUUGAUGGAAGUUUAGAUAUCCCAAUGGAGAUAUCUGAUCCUAAAUUGUGGUUCUCUUUAGAACAUCCAAAGGUGGCGGUUCGUCAAGCUACAUUAUCUAACAUAGCUGCAUCUGGUAUGCUGAAAAGUAUGGCAGCUAAUCCACAGAAGGUUAUAAAUUUAACAAAUGCAAUAAUACGUGGGCUUCAUGAUGAUGAUCUAAGGGUUGUUGAGGCGGCUUUGUCUGUAGAUGGACUGGUUGGGUUAGUCGAGGCUCCUUGUCUUCUCAAAGCUUAUCAUCAUGUUCUUUCCAGAUGCACUGAUAUACUUUACAAUAGUACAUCUAAAACAUCACGAGCUUGUAAUAUUGCUGUAUCAUGCCUUGAGCGUUUGGUUGUGGAGUUUCGAUCACUUCACAUAGAUUGUUCAAAGGAAAUUGCUACCACCCUAUUCCCUUUACUUCUUGUUGUUCCAAAGACAUGGAGGGUGAAUUUGAAGGCUCUGGAAUUAGUUAAGCAAGUAGAAUGGCCAUUUUAUAUUGAAAGCUCAAUUGCAUAUGAUUCAACUUUCUUUGAUCAAAUGAAGAAUCUGGAAUUUGCUCAUGCCACUUCCAUCAACAUGAAAACUAUUGGAGCUUUGGCGGAAAUGUUUGCAACAAAUCCUGAAGAGCAUAUGCAGUGGUUGGUUGAAUGCAGCAACUGUGGUGCAUUGUCAAAGAGUUUAUUCUUUCUCAUCAUGUUACAGGCACUAAAGGUGCAAAAUGAAGAAUCUGGGAGCUUAUUGAAGCUAUAUCAAGCUUGCUUUUCUGCACUCAAGAAUGAGUGGCAUGAGAUGGAACCUCAAGGUGGUGUUAGUUUUGUUGAUGAGCUCAACUUGGACAAACUUGAUAAACCUUGCAUAGGAUUCGUGGACCAGCUGCUUCAUGCUGAUGUUGACAUUUUGAAUCUCAAAAUCCUAAUUUGCAUUUUUUGGAGCCUCCUGAAAAGAUACGUGGAAAUAAUUAAACAGAAUACCAUGGCGGAAACUGAUGAAUGGCUAUCUAUACUAAAUGAAUUGUUUAUCUUCUUUGUAACAUCACCAUCGAAGAACGUUUUUAAAAGGCAUCUUCAAUUUCUUGUGACUAGUUGCAGCAAAGCUCCUUGUUGGUUUCUUUCGAAAUAUUUUGCAGAAGAAGGCGUUCCUGUUGAAAUUCAAGUUGAAAGCCUUCUUUUGUUUUCUACUCUUUGUUCUAUGAGUGAAUUAUCUGAAGACGGCAUGGAUGAAAACAGUCAUUUGCAGCAUCUACUUGGAUUUCCUUCACUUCUCAUUCCACUUUCAAAUGAAAACAAGGAUGUAAGAACAGCUGCCGUGAAUUGCGUUGAAGGACUCUACAAAAUGUGGCGGCUUUUUGAUGUUUCUCGGCUAAGAAAUGGGAAUGACACCAUAUUGUCUCGUUGUGUAUCAUCACCGACUUUUGGUGACUUUUUAGAGUCUAUAGUGAGCCAAAAGAAGCUGAUUUCCUCGGAUGGGAAUUUUCUUUCUUCAUAUUUGACAUCAAUGCUAAGCUUGUCUGAUCAUAACUUUUUAGUUCCUGACAGCAUUCACAAUAGGUUUGAUCAGCCUACAAAGGAUGCCAUAUUGCUUUUUAUUUUGAGUUCUACACUGAGAUUUUCCUCUUACGGAAAGCUAGUGGUAUUAUCAUUGCUCAAAGGACUGGGAAAUAUAAUAUUACAUGUAGGAGGAGUCAAAUCAUUACUUUUCGAACUUCUGGAAAGACGCAAUAAAUACCACUUUGGGCUUGACAAAGUGCAGCAAAAACUGUCAAAGACUGAAAUAGAGACCUUAUGCUUGCUUUUGGAGGUUUGUGUUCCAGUAUCAAGCUCUGCACAUAUUGAUGCUGACAUGGUAGAUUGUUUAAUUAAAGCUUUAAGAGUGGAUGCUUUGUCUCCAGAUGAUGCUGCUGUUGUACGACCUUGUGUUACUGUUUUGCAAUCUCUGACACCUGCCAUGUAUGGCAGUUUGAAGACUGAGAUACAGGAUCAGCUUUUUGGGAACCUUGUUUUUCUAUUCCGGAAUGAUAAUGGAGACAUACGAAAUGCAGCUAGAGAAGCUCUGCUGAGAAUAAAUAUCAACUGCUCAACCAUAGUCAGGUUUCUAGAAUUGAUUCUUUCGCAAGAUCAUGAGCUUGGCUCCGCAAAAAGAGUGAAGAGAAAGAAAAAUCUGAUUCAUUUCAGUUUUGGUAUCUCUCAAGAUACGUUUAGUAAAGAAGAACCAACACUGUCCAUUCUUGUCUCUUUUCUUGAUAUUUUGUUGCUCAAGAAGAAUAUAAAGAAAAGGGAAUCCUUGGUGCAACCACUUUUCCAGGCUCUAGAAAAACUUUUUUCUAAUGAUUGGCUUCUUGGUCUGAUUGGUCAAGGUGAAAAGGGAAGUGGAGCCUUAUCAGAAGUUCCUGAGUCCCUUAUUAGUGCUGUCUAUCAAGCUCAACAAAUAACAUUAUUAGUUCUUAAGGAUAUUACUGAUUCACUUAUACUGGAUCAUCCAAUAAAAGAUGACAUGUUUGAUAAGGUCAACAUGAAUCUUCUGAUUGAAUGUGCCCAUACCGCUAAGGAUGUUGCAAGUCGCAAUCAUGUAUUCCUGUUGCUGUCAUCUGUCGCAAAGGUUUCUUCUCGUUGGGUUUCAGAACACAUCGUUGAUAUAUUUACUGUAAUUGGAGAAUCUGCUGUAAAACAGAAUGACAGCCAUUCCCAACAAGUUUUGGAGGAUAUGAUAUCAACACUGGUACCACGUUGGUUAUCAAAGACCAACAGUGUAGGAGAGUUGCUUCAGAUAUUCAUAAAAGCUUUGCCAGAUGUCAUUGAACACCGAAGACUGACUCUAAUGGUUUACCUUCUGAGGACAUUAGGAGAAGAAGGUAGCUUGGGCGUGCUUGUUGUGUAUCUUUUCCACUCGUUGGCUUCACGGAUCACAAAAUUUCCUUCUAAACAUCUGAGGGAUUGGCAUGAUUUCGUUUCUUCAUCCUCCUUUAUCCUCAAUGAGUGGGAAUAUGAAUUUGCAGCACAAAUAUUUGAUCAGUAUUCUUGUAAAAUAUGGUUUCCUUGCUUGGUAAAGGUUCUGCAAGAAAUUAGAGUACAUAGUGAACAAGAAGGGCUAUUACAUGAACUAUAUUUGGCAAUGCAAUUUAUCCUAUAUAAGAUGCACGAUACUGAAUUGGUUUUUGAGCUUGAGUCUGGACAAGAUAGGGAUUGUCUGCAGAUUACACUUGGAGAACUUAUGGAGCAGGUUGUUUUGCACUCACAACUUGUCACCGUGAGACGCAAACAAGUCAGCGUCACUUCAGAUAUCAUAAAAGCAUUUAAAGAUUGUGCCAAUAGAGUGCUAAAAACUAUUACAAGGUGGAUGUUACCCUCUGCAUACUUUAAAGGAAUAACUCAGUUACUGGGGCAUGCAGAUGGAAGUGUGAAAAGGAAGACGCUUGGACUACUAUCUGAAACUGUUAAGCACCAUAGUUUGGUUCAGAAGAAUCCCAAGGAGAUGAAAAAAAUGAAGCAGAAGUUUAUGGCAUUUCCACUUCAUAUAGAUGAAAGCUCUGCCCCAUCGUUCAAUGAGUUAUGUUUAAAAAUAGUUGAGUUGAUUGAUAACACCACGGAUGGUUCAGACAGUCCCAUGAAGCUUGCUGCAGUUUCCUCAAUUGAAAUAAUGGCCAAAGAGUUCCCAUCUGAUAAUUUAAUAUAUGCCACAUGCCUUACUGUUAUCGUGAAGCACAUUGGCUCUGAUAAUUCGACCCUUUCUUCUGGGUGCAUUCGAACCACAGGUGCUUUGAUCAGCGUGCUUGGCUCAAAAGCACUGUCUCAGCUUCCCCUUCUUAUGAAGCAUAUGAUAGCCAGAGCUCAUGAGAUCUCCAAUUGCCCCAUUGGAAAUUUCAAACAUAACCUAGUUGAUGUAUCUCAGGAAGUUACAAGCCACAAAGUGUCUCUCUUGCUGUCCAUACUUGUGACUUUGGAAGCAGUUGUAGAAAAGCUUGGUGGAUUUCUGAAUCCAUAUCUUGCAGAUAUCUUGGAUCUUUUAGUACUUCACCCUGAAUAUGCUUCAGAAUUAGAUAUGAAAAUGAAACUGAAAGCUGCUACGGUCCGAAAGCUUUUGUCAGAGAAAAUUCCAGCUCGCCUUAUGCUCACACCUCUGCUGCAAAUAUACUCCAGUUCUCUCAAAUGUGGAGAAUUGAGCCUAUGUUUGGUUUUUGAAAUGUUAUCUAGCAUGAUUGGUGCUAUGGAUAGGUCAUCUAUAGUAACUUAUCAUGCAAAGCUAUUUGAACAGUGCUUGAUGGCACUUGAUCUUCGCCGCCAACACCCAGAGUCAGUCAGGAACAUAAAUAUGGUAGAACAAAGUGUCAUCCAUGCCAUGAUCGUUCUGACAAUGAAACUUACCGAGACCAUGUUCAGGCCUCUUUUCCUUCACAGUCUUGAAUGGGCAGAGUCUGAAUUUGAAGGAAGCCAUCUUACAAAAAGCAGAAGUUUGGAGCGAACCAUUUCCUUCUAUAUGUUGGUGAGCAAACUUAUAGAGCAACAUAGGUCCCUUUUUGUACCUUACUUCAAGUACUUGCUUGAAGGUUGCAUACAAUAUCUAGCUGAAGAUCAAGAUGGAGGUUUACCUACUUCAACACAAAAGAGGAAAAAAGCCAAAGUCGGGGAUACGCAUAAUCUUGGAAAAGAUAAAGUUUUGUCAGCAAAGCAAUGGCAUUUGAGAGCACUGAUUCUAAAGUCCUUAUAUCACUGCUUCCUCUAUGAUACCGACCAGAAGUUUUUAGAUUCCUCUAACUUUCAGUUUCUUCUGAAACCUAUUGUUUCACAGCUUGUGGUGGAACCCCCUGCGUCUCUUGAGCAAAUGGUGGAUGUUCCUACUGUGGAAGAAGUUGAUGAAUCACUGGUAUUGUGCCUGGGUCAGAUGGCUGUUACAGCACGCUCUGAUGUUCUAUGGAAGCCACUGAACCAUGAGGUGCUAAUGCAUACAAGGAAUGAGAAGGUCCGCCCAAGGAUUCUAGGUUUGAAGGUCGUCAAGUACUUGGUAGAACACUUAAAAGAGGAGUAUCUGGUGUUCUUGCCUGAGACGAUCCCAUUUCUUGGUGAGCUGCUUGAGGAUGUGGAGCUUCCUGUGAAAACUCUAGUCCAAGAGAUACUCAAGGAGAUGGAGACCCUUAGCGGUGAAAGUCUUCGGCAGUACCUCUGAGAAGUUAUUAACACUCGUCCCUUUUUUAUUGAUCAAUUGUGAAAGGUUGGGCGUAGUUGGAGGUGGAGCCAGCCUGAAAGAGCUACCUCACUGCCAUCACUAGUUCUUUUUCUGAAUUUGUCAUCUUUCUGAUGGCACACAAACUAGCAUAUGUACAUUAAUCGAUUCUUUGUCAGAGAUCAAAUGUAAAUUAACUCACCAAGCUUUUUUUGAGUAAAAAUUUAAGUUAAUUUCUUCAUGGAAA